UCCCUGGACUAAACAGUGCUUCCUAUCUGCUGAGCAAAACAACUCUGAAACAAACUUACUUUAUAUAGUCAGGCUGUUUUAAAUACAGAAGAAACGUUAACAGGGAUCGAACAAAAUGCCUGCAGUGUCUAAAGGGGAUGGGAUGCGUGGCCUGGCCGUGUUCAUCUCUGACAUCAGGAACUGUAAAAGUAAAGAAGCAGAGAUUAAGAGGAUAAACAAAGAACUGGCGAACAUCCGGUCCAAAUUUAAAGGGGACAAGGCUCUCGAUGGCUACAGUAAAAAAAAGUAUGUCUGCAAGCUGCUCUUCAUCUUUCUUCUGGGCCAUGACAUCGACUUUGGACACAUGGAGGCCGUCAACCUCCUCAGCUCCAACAAGUACACGGAGAAACAAAUUGGGUACCUGUUCAUCUCAGUGCUGGUGAACUCUAACAGCGACCUGAUCCGUCUCAUCAACAACGCCAUUAAGAAUGACCUGGCCAGCCGCAAUCCGACCUUCAUGAACCUGGCUCUGCACUGCAUCGCUAACGUGGGCAGCAGAGAAAUGGCUGAAGCUUUUGCUUCUGAAAUUCCCGGCAUUUUGGUGGCAGGGGACACCAUGGACAGCGUGAAACAGAGUGCAGCAUUAUGUCUGCUACGACUCAACAGGACGUCUCCUGACCUGGUGCCCAUGGGCGAAUGGACAGCACGAGUGGUCCAUCUGCUUAAUGAUCAGCACCUGGGAGUGGUCACAGCAGCCACCAGCCUUAUCACCACUCUGGCACAGAAGAGUCCGGACGACUUCAAAACCUCCAUCUCACUGGCUGUGGCCCGGCUCAGUAGGAUCGUGACCUCUGCAUCCAUCGACCUACAGGACUAUACAUACUACUUUGUUGCUGCACCGUGGUUGUCUGUCAAACUGCUGCGCCUCCUACAGUGCUACCCUCCACCAGAGGAUGCAGCGCUGCGAAGUCGUCUCACCGAGUGUCUGGAGACCAUCCUCAACAAAGCCCAGGAGCCGCCCAAGUCCAAGAAGGUCCAGCACUCCAACGCCAAGAACGCAGUUCUGUUCGAAGCCAUCUCCCUCAUCAUCCACCACGACAGCGAACCCACCCUGUUGGUACGAGCCUGUAACCAGCUGGGCCAGUUUCUGCAGCACAGGGAAACCAACCUCCGUUAUUUGGCUUUGGAGAGUAUGUGCACGCUGGCCAGCUCUGAGUUUUCUCAUGAGGCAGUGAAGACGCACAUAGAAACUGUGAUCAAUGCUCUAAAGACAGAGCGAGAUGUGAGUGUCCGUCAGCGGGCUGUGGAUCUGCUCUACGCCAUGUGUGACCGCAGCAACGCCAAGCAGAUUGUGGCAGAGAUGCUGAGCUAUCUGGAGACCGCCGACUACUCGAUCAGAGAGGAGAUAGUGCUCAAGGUGGCGAUCCUGGCAGAGAAAUAUGCUGUGGACUACACCUGGUACGUGGACACCAUCCUAAACCUCAUCCGCAUCGCAGGUGACUAUGUCAGUGAGGAGGUGUGGUAUCGCGUCAUCCAGAUAGUCAUAAACCGAGAUGACGUCCAAGGCUAUGCUGCCAAGACUGUCUUUGAGGCACUACAGGCUCCCGCCUGCCACGAGAACCUGGUGAAGGUCGGGGGUUACAUCCUGGGAGAGUUUGGUAACCUAAUUGCUGGUGACUCACGCUCCAGCCCUCUGGUCCAGUUCAACCUCCUUCACUCCAAGUUUCAUCUCUGCUCUGUGCCGACUCGGGCCCUGCUGCUUUCCGCCUACAUCAAGUUCAUUAACUUGUUUCCGGAAGUGAAGGCCACAAUCCAAGAUGUCCUGCGGUCGGACAGCCAGCUCCGCAAUGCCGACGUAGAGCUUCAGCAGAGAGCUGUGGAGUACUUGAGGCUCAGCUGCAUUGCCAGCACUGACAUUUUGGCCACAGUCUUAGAAGAGAUGCCCCCGUUCCCAGAGAGAGAGUCUUCGAUCCUGGCCAAACUGAAGAGGAAGAAGGGCCCAGGCAACCUGCCUGACAUCAACGACGCCCGGAGGAAUGUCAAUGGCAACACUGAGCACAGUGAGAAAACUGAACCCACAAACAAGUCUUCUCUUUCACUGUUGGCAGACCUUCUUCCUACCAACAGACCUCGCCCUGCCUCCUCUAGCCCCAUCAUACUCUCUGCUGGGACCAUGGGUUCAACUCAGUCCUUCACAGACCUGCUGAAUCUAAACUCAGCCCCCUCAACAGGUGCCAGUCUUCUGGUCGAUGUCUUUUCUGACAGCUCUACACUCGCGUCCACUGACGUGUCUGAGGAAAACUUUUUCAGGUUUGUUUGUAAGAACAACGGUGUGAUCUUUGAGAACCAGCUUCUGCAGAUUGGACUGAAGUCUGAGUACAGACAGAACCUGGGUCGAAUGUAUGUUUUCUACGGCAACAAGACCUCUACCCAGUUCCUCAGCUUCUCCUCAUCAGUGACGAGUCCUGACUCACUCAAUACUCAGCUGAAUGUCCAUGCGAAGACAGUAGACCCCAUAAUAGAAGGUGGGGCUCAGGUGCAGCAGAUCCUCAACAUCGAGUGUGUGUCAGAUUUCACAGAUGCACCGGUUCUCAAUGUCCAGUUCAGAUACGGUGGAACUCUGCAGAACCUCGCAGUGAAACUCCCUGUGAUGCUGAACAAGUUUUUCCAGCCCACAGAGAUGACGUCCCAGGACUUCUUCCAGCGCUGGAAACAGCUCGGAGCUCCUCAGCAAGAGGUUCAGAAAAUCUUCAAAUCCAAACACCCAAUGGACACAGAUGUUACCAAGGCCAAGAUAAUAGGUUUUGGUGUCGCUCUGCUCGACGGAGUGGAUCCAAACCCUGAAAACUUUGUGGGAGCUGGAGUCAUUCACAGUAAGAACUCUCAGGUGGGCUGUCUCCUCAGACUGGAGCCUAACACACAAGCACAGAUGUACCGCCUCACCCUCCGGACCAGCAGGAACUCUGUGUCUCAGAGACUGUGUGAUCUCCUCUCUGAGCAGUUUUAGACUCACCAGCGUUUUUUACACCUUUCCUCUCCUUAGAUUGGAACUGAUGUAUUGUACUGUGUACAUUCUUUUUUAUUUGACUUACUCUAAAUGUAAAUGAGGUGAAGCGUAUUUUUCACACAUAGCUUUACUAAUACAUCACUGGUUUAAACCUGGAUUGUGUGUUUACUCACACCGUGAACACCGACCUGUUGCGAACAGCGGCGGAGGCUCUGAAUGCUUCUCGUUCUGCAGCUCUGAAGUUUUGAACAGUUUAGAAGUUGUUGUGUGUGUUUGCUGCUUGGGUACUGCCUUUCCUAUUCAGACAUUUUGAAGAGUUGGUGAGGAGUUACGACUGAGAGCUAUUUAGUCGCAGAAGUCAGAUCGUGAGCUUACCAAUGAUCUCUUGAGUUGUUUCUGAUCGCGUUUCUAUGAGACAUUUAUUCUUGUAGUGUUUCAAAUAAAUGUUGCACAGGACUGGGAAGCUUUCCUCAACUUCUCGCCCACUUGCACUUUUGUAAAAAAAAAAAAAAAUAAUUAGAUUCACAUAAGUAGAUCAGAUUUAGACGAGAAGAUUUUCACUUAAUGUCAGUUCUUCCUCAUUUCACCAGUUUUACACAUCUGUCAUCUCGAGGAAAAUCACCCUUUUGCAUUGUGGUAUUUUUUUAGAUGCUAUAAUUUUGGUUCCCUUGUGAGAAGUUUUGAACUACAUUGUGCAUAAAGUUUACACAUAUAAUUCAGACACUUAAACAAAUGGCAAAAAGCCAUAAAACACUAAGUAGCAAAUGGAUCAUUUUCUGAUGGUGAUGAAAGUCGUUGUCUGAUUUGAUUCUGCUUCACAUUUGUGCCUUUGAACUUUUGUUACUCUGUCAAAAACACAAAGAGCCUUCGAACAGACAAGAAUAAUAAUGUUCAAGUCUAAAGCACUGACACUAUUUUUGCCUAACUACAUUUAUUCACAGAGCACUGCCAAACUGGUGAUAUGUCUAUAUUUCAAUAACAUACGGUGUAUUUUAUCUUUUACAAAAUGUACUUUUAGCAUGAUACUCGAUGGCAUAUUUGAUGCUCAGCGUAAAGACCGGCUCUGUCCAAAUGUGAAAAAAAAAAAAAAAUUCCAAGCAUCAUGUCUAAACAGCAUGAAAACAACAAUCUGACUCCAGGACGUCAGAACCCCUCAUGAAAUGACAGCUUAUUAUUUUUACACUCCUCUUUUUAUACGUAACAAACAAAGAUAUAACAUGUUGUUUAAAGAGCUUUAGAGGUGCAGUAGGUGGAUUUGUUACCAUUGAACUGAGCUUGGCUAGCUGCUUUCCUCUGCUCCCAGUCUUUAAUGCUAAGCUAAUCUAACCAUCUUCUGUCUGUAGCUUUUAUGAGAGUGAUAUUGAUCUUCUUUAUCUAACUCUCAGAAAGAAAGUGAGCAAGGUUAUGAACCAAAAUGUCAAACCUUUCUUUAAAGAUUCUUAGAUUGUUUUAAAGAGUUUGGCUGAUGCAUUAAUCUGGACCUGAAAAGCUUUUCUGUGACUCUGUGUAAUUUUACCAAAUUAUUGCCAUGUUUGAAAAAUGGCUGUGGGCCCCCUAACAAGUGAAUAACACUCAUGUCUUGUAGGAAAUAAGGUUAUAAAUUGGCCCAGGAGAUCUCAGACCAGCCAGGCCAGUGUCACCAUGUGUCUUCUGUCAUUCAGCACUUGUGGG